GGUAACUCUAUAUUCCAAGGGAGAUAAACGUCAAAAAGAUCACGUGACAACCGCCAUUUGCCGGAGCUCCGAACUUGGGGCAAGUCAAGGGCAAGUUAAGACCAUGGCAACUCGAGCAUCAAGGAGGUUUAUGGGGACCCUGAAGGGUCGGCUGAUGUCAAGCCAGGCAGCCACAGCACAGUCUGAAGCAGGGGUCAGUCUGCCCAAGCAAGCACCAAAGCUGACCAAGUUGCCCAAUGGUAUGAUAGUUGCCUCCCUUGAGAACUACUCUCCACUUUCUAGUGUGGCUGUUGUAGUGAAUGCUGGAUCUAGAUUUGAAUCCGGAGAUAACCUUGGCGUGACUCAUUGUCUCAGAGUUGCUGCAGGCCUGAGCACACAAAAAGCAUCACAGUUUAAAAUAACUAGAAGCAUUCAACAGGUUGGAGGAAACUUACAGUGCACUACUUCAAGAGAGUACAUGUCUUACAGUUCAGACUGCACCAGAGACAAUGUAGAUGAAGUUGUUGACUUUUUACGUGACGUCACAACCAGCCCUUCCUUUAAGCCAUGGGAGUUGGCUGAUCUUCAGUCCAGACUUGACUUGGAUCUGGCCAUCUUGGAUGCCCAACCACAAGUCAAACUGUUUGAGCUGCUCCACCAGGCAGCAUUCAGGAACACCUUGGGACGGUCUGUCUAUGCUCCUGAGUUCAUGGUUGGCAAGUACAGCCCAGAACAGCUGCUUCAUUACAUCAAGAACUACUACACUGGUGAGAGGAUGGCACUGAUCGGUGCUGGGGUCGACCAUGAUGUUCUCGUCAACCUAGCCAAGAAGUUCACCCCAUUCAGCUCUGCUGGUGCCGCUUCAGAACCGGCUAGGUAUUAUGGAGGAGGGGAACUCCGUGUGGCCAACAGCAAUCCUCUGACAUAUGCUGCAGUGGCAGUUGAAGGACCAAGCCUUGCUGCCAAGGAGUUGCUGCCUGUGGGUGUGCUUCAGAACAUCAUGGGCAUUGGCCCAUACGUAAAGUACAGCCCUAACACCACAGUGUCCAAACUGGGACAGGCGGUGUCUGGGGCCUGCUCUCAACCUUUCGCUGUUUCCUGCAUAAAUGCCAACUACACAGAUGGUGGGCUGUUUGGAUUCUCUGCUGUAGCUCAACCAAAUGAAAUUGGACAGGUAUUGAGAGCGGCAUUCAACCAGUUUGCCUCGGUCACCAAAGGAGUCACAGAUCAGGAAGUUGCCAGAGCCAAAAUCCAACUGAAGGCCAACGUGUUGAUGGCCGUGGAAAGCCAGGCCGGAGUCAUGGUGGAUCUGGCUGAACAGGCUCUUGGUCACCAACAAAUCAUACCAGUAGAGGAGGUCGCCAGGAUGAUCGACUCUAUCACCACGGCCGAUGUAGUUAAUGUUGCCAAGAGGAUGAUCAACGGCAAGCCCUCCAUGGCUGCAGUUGGAGAUCUCUCUGGAACUCCCUACCUGGAUGAGCUGUACAAGUAACUCUGUGGACCUUAGGACAUGUGUGUUAAAGUGUAUUGUGAUCGGGGUCAGACAUCUCCCCGAGUCCUCCAUUCAGACAGUUACCAUCCAACUGCAUUGUUAUUUAUGGAGUCUUUGGACAUUAUUUGAAGACGUUCAACUGUGUAAAAUAGUGAAACACAAGUGAAUAAAUGUUUAUGAAAGUG